AUUUUCUGGCAUUUAUUAAUCCGUAUCCGCGACAGUGUAGGACAUUCGAAUAAAUGAAUAUCGUUACUUUUCACAAGACAGAAAAAAUUUAAGAAACGUGCAGAAGACACAAGUGAAAAUAUUUUUUGAUUAGCAGAUAGUAAUUUAUUGUAAAUUUCACGUCCUCUAUUACUCCCAAGAUGACUGACCGUAAAGCUGUCAUUAAAAAUGCUGAUAUGAGCGAAGACAUGCAGCAAGAUGCUGUAGACUGUGCAACGCAAGCUAUUGAAAAAUAUAACAUAGAAAAGGACAUUGCUGCAUAUAUCAAGAAGGAGUUUGACAAGAAAUACAACCCAACGUGGCAUUGCAUAGUAGGUCGAAAUUUUGGGUCGUAUGUGACCCAUGAAACACGCCAUUUCAUCUAUUUCUACUUGGGCCAGGUGGCGAUUCUACUCUUCAAGAGUGGUUAAUGGUCAUGUUACCACCCCCCCUCUUGCCCUCCACCGGUAUUCCAGUCUCCCCCCACCACCCCGUGACGGAUUUUUUACUAUUGCUUUAUUGAAAAAAAAAAUUGAUGAAAAUUGUUUAUACCAUUGUUUUAAAUAUUUUUCUUAUAAUGCAAAAAAUGCUCUCAUUUUCGAUGGAAUUCUUAUCUGAACCGGUUGAGACUUGAGUUCGAAAAUGACCAUUUUGGAAAUUUAGGGUUUUAAUACUUUUGGAAUAAAUAUUCUGUUACAGACUGUUGAGAAUUCUUUGUGAGUAAAGAUCGUCGGUAACUAAUUUUUUCUGAUCAAUUUCGACAAACGAGGAAGUCAAAUUCGCUAAUUUCGAGAUUCCGGGACAAAAAUAAGUUGAGGUUGUGAAAAUCUAGAUUCCUGAUGUCAUUUUGGCACCGGAUAAGUUUCUCCUUGUUUGUUUCUUUUCUAAUUAUGAGAAUUACAAUGUAAGGCCCGUUAUCUGUGAAACCAACGCACAAACUUAGCGUUUUUGUUUUUCGAGGUUAGGAUAUUGAUGAUUAGUGCAAAUUGUAGGACGCCUCACAUGUAUUUUCACUUCAACGAUAAUGGGUUUUAUAUUCGUUAUAAAUCAAUGUUAGCUGGAAAAUUCUUCACCGAAUUGUUGAAUCAUCAGACGUCUUCUGGAAAAGUACUUAAAAUUGUUAAACAUAUUCAUUCUUCUCAUAUGAUUCGAUUCAAAGUCUCACAGAACUAUUUGUAAGGAAAUUUUACUGUACAUUUUCCGAUAUGUAAUUUUGUGAGAUCUCCGAGGAAUGUUUGAAGUUAUGUUAUUGUAUUUACCAUCAUUUCAAACAUUUUUAUAGGUUUAGUUCUUUUAAAUGAUUAUAGAUCAUUUACUGCCCCUGCAUUUAAAAGAAUUGAAUUGGCCAUUGAAACUGUGUUAAAGAACGAAUAGUCCUUGAACAUGUAGAUUUUUAUUUCUAUUCAUUAUUGUGCUGAAUAUACACUCACAUUAGUUUAUCCUUGUUUUAUUUAUUUUAGUUGUGACUCAUGGUAGCUGACAGAGGAGGUUUAUCUUCAUUUCGUUCUCUAACGCGUGGGCAUCUAAUUUAGUUCAGAAAUUGUAUUUUUAUAAACUGAAAAAUCUUAGGAAAGUGCACUUUUUUCAAUGAAAAAAGUAUGACGCAAGCUCUUAAGGAUUGUAGAGUUAUUUAAACCAUUAUAAAAAUAUAACUAUUCUAAAUGGACUAAAUUGAAAGCAGACAUCGGGUGCUCGCAUAAAUUGAUAUCUGUAUGUGGUGUUUCUGUCACCCCGAGAACCUUUCUCCUGUAAAAUUGGGGGGGGUGGUCAAGCCAUCUUAUCUACCUGGUACCUUUCGAUGUUAAAUGGGAUUAAUUGUGUCGUUGUGAAUUUUUGCGAUCACCCAAAGGUGCUACAAUGAUUUUUUCGAUUUCACGAAGGGAAUUACUGGUGUAGCCAUUUCUUGAUAGUCUAAAUCUUUCGAUACUUGUUUUCUCAUUGAUAAAUUUACAUUUAACACUUUCACUUUUUAGAUAUUCUAUUUAAGGCUGUUGAAGCUUUAUUUUUGUUUUCUUGAAUGAUACUUGUAUUAAUGUAUUUAAUAUAUGGUUAAAUAUGAA